AUGGGCAAGCGUGCGCCUGUUGUGGCCGUGUCUGAAGCGGAAAAGCUACUGGCCGAGAGUGUUUUCCAGCCCAAGACACAUACAAAAAAGAAGAAACGCAAGGGAAAUGUCCAGCAGAAGAAAGAUUCGCGCAAACUUGAAGCUGCGUGGGUGGAUGAGGACGAUGAGGAAGUGGAGGUGAAUCUAGAAGAACAACCACAGCUGCGCAAAUUCCGCAAGACAGAGACGGAAACAGUAAUAAACGGCAAGGAAUUGAAGUGUCGACUUCAGAAUUUCUACCAAUCGGCACAUGGUGCCGUGUCUUGGGCAGACCCGAGAAAGUUCUUGGGUCAACCACAGGUGGCGGACUCUUGUGAUAGUGACAAUGAAGAAGAAGCAGAGCUCAUUCGAAGCACUGGAAAGAUGUUGGAAUCUUCUGGGGAAUUGCUACCUCAGGGAGAAUUGGAGGUCGUCCGUAUGAAAGAUGCCAAUCAACAUGCACCUUCGAAUGCGGUAGUCCAGUCGGUGCAAUUCCAUCCAAAUGGUCAGUUGAUACUGACUGCGGGAUUGGACAAGACGCUGCGGCUUUUUCAGGUGGAUGGCAGCAAUAACGCAAAAGCUGAGAGUGUGUUUGUGCAGGAUCUGCCCAUGUUGGACGCUAAGUUUACGAUGAGUGGACAGCGUGCAGUGAUGACUGGACCUCGACAGUACUUCUUCUCGUACGAUAUUGAAGCAGGUAAGAUUACCAAGAUCCCGGGACUCUAUGGGCGCAAGGAGAAGAAACGCAAUACGUUUGUAGUCUCGAACGACGGAGAGAUGAUUGUGUUCAUGGGGAGCAAUGGAUACUUGGAUGUGGUGUCUGCAAAGUCGUAUCAGUCGAUCGGUACCCUCAAGAUGAAUGGAAGUGUCACAUCGGCAGUCUUUUGCGAAAACGACCGCUAUUUCCUGAGCACAGGUUCAGACGGACAGGUUUACAAGUGGGAUAUGCGUACCCGGCGGUGUAUAUUUGUCCACGAUGAUGAAGGUAGUCUAGGCAACUAUGCCCUGGCUGCUAGUGAUAAGUACUACGCCGCCGGUUCGAAAAGUGGUAUAGUCAAUAUUUACGACAACGCUGGUCUAACUGCUAAGCCAAAGCCGCGCAAAGCGCUGAUGAACCUUACCACUCAGGUCGAUCACCUCGUGUUUAACGCAAACGCAGAAAUUCUGGCCAUGGCAUCGACGGACACCAAGAAUUCGCUGAAGCUGGUGCACAUGCCGUCUUUAACUGUUUUUGCCAAUUGGCCGACGGCACACACGCCGCUGCACUAUGUGACGGCAAUGGACUUCAGUCCGAACAGCGGCUAUUUUGCAGUUGGUAAUGCCAGGGGACGUGUACUGUUGUAUCGACUGACUCACUACAAGUCUACAUGA